AUGAAAAGGAUUCUUUUCAAAGUCAGGAAAGCACUUACCCCCCAUCCACCAAAUUCCCCUACUCCCCGACGUUCCAUCGCGACCGCCUUUUCCCCUCUCUCACCAGCCGCCAUAACGUAUUUUUAUUUUUUCAUUCUUAUUCAGUGUUAUUUCAUUCAUCAGGUUUCUUUAUUUUCGUUUUCUUUCUUUUUUAUAUAUUUAAAGACCUCGUUCGUAUUUUUUGCCUACUGUUUGUUCAUUAUUUUUUCAUCGAUUUUCCUUCUGUCAAUAAAAGUUUUUUUUUUUAUUUAUAUUCCUUUUACGUUUUCAUUAUUCAUCUCUUUAUUUUUCUUCAUUCUCUAUUCAUUUUUUCUUUGCUUUCUUCUUAAAAGAUUCUUUUUUAUAAUUCAUUUCAUUUAUCAUUUUUUAAACCUUUUUUUUAUUUUUCAUUCUUCUGCUUCUCUGUUUUUCUUUUCUCUUGCUCUACUGUUUUAUCCUUUCUUUCUAAUUCCUUCAUUUUUCUUUCCAGAGCUGCCAUUUCCCUUGUUUGCUGACUUUUCUAUUUUCUUUCUCUCUGUCUCUCCUCUUCAUUCUUUUUUCUUUCUUUCUCCUUCUUUUGCAUUUCUUUUAAGGCCUCUCCUUGCUUCUUAUUUCUUCUUGCUUUCUUUGCUCUCUCUCCUCACUUCAUCUUUUCUUCCUCUUUAUCUCUCUCUCUUUCACUUUUUUCUUUCUGUCUUCUCCUUCCUCGUCUUCCUUCUUAUUUUUUUCUCUUUCCUUUUUUUUGUUCUCUCUUGUCGCUUCACUUUUUCUUCCUCUCGUUCUUUCUCCUUCGUUUUCAUUAACUUGCAAGCUUCUCACUCUCUCUUGAUCUUUCUUUCUUCUUUUUCCCCCUCUCCUCACUUUUCUUCUCUUGGUUCUCUCUCCCUUCCCCCGCACUCCCUUUCUCUCCCUCGCAUCCAAUUAUUUUCGCUCAACCUUGCUCACUGCAAAAAAUAA